UUGCUGGCAACCUCUUUCACUUGACCACGGAACCGGCCAAAUCCCACCCGUGUUGACCCAGUGAUCUCGUCCAUACAGAGCUGCCUAGCUGUCGGAGCAACCACCAAGUUUAUAUCGGACGCGCGACUAGUUCCCAACUGCAAUCACUCAACUCUCGCCUCGACCCUCUAUAUCUCAACCGGCCCAACAACGACGCUCUACCCAACCUCGCUCGCUUAAGACGACAACCUGAAGCCUAUCUAUAUCCGAGAAUCAUGGAGACGGGCCCGUCGCAACAGACGCAGCCUGCUACGCAGCAGAUGCUUGACCCUCGUCGGCUCGGUAGGAACAACUCGGGACUCAACGAUGGCGACAUUGCUGACGUCCUUGUCAUCCUCCACCCGGCCACGCCAACCGCCAUUCACAUUGUCGAACAAUCCGCGGAGUUUCGCCCUGAACACGUCCUCUUCCGCAACUCUCUAGAUUCAAUGAGUGGGUCCUUGACUGAUAUUGAAGAGCAAGAGACCAUCAUCAUUAAUGCGUCUGGAGAUCGAUUAGGUCACAGUUCCCGUGCAGGCGCCGACUUGGCCUUGCGCAUGUCAUCCGCUCGGAGGCUCAGGUUCAAGGAGCUCGGCUUCAUCUUCGGACGGAAUCCUCACAGCGCAGACAUUGUCUUUGGCCAAGACUCCGGAAAACGAAUCAGCAACCAGCAUUUUCGCAUCUACCUAAACACAGAUGGCAUCCUCAUGCUCGAAGACAUGUCUACUAACGGAACUAUAGUCGACGAUGCGCUUCUGAAGUGUAAGGACAAACGGUUCAACAGCAUUCGAAUGCUGGGUUCGGGAUCGAUCAUCUGCAUACAGAAUGCCAAUGACGCGGAGAUGAUCAAAUUCAUCGUCCGUGUUCCAUCGCGGGUGUCGUAUAUGGAACGCUUUCGCGAGAACUUGCGCAACUUUAUCACCGAAUGCUCCCCUGACUUCGGCGAGGCGCAAUCUAAAGCCGUUCAGCGCAUCACCAAGCAGUAUGGUGGACCAACCAUGAAAUGGGAUGGUGGAGCAAAUUACAACAUCCUCGGUCAAAUUGGCAAAGGUGCCUUUGCGACUGUCUACCAACUCGCCACUAAGAUGGCUGGCAAGCUUCUUGCCGCAAAAGAGCUAGAGAAGCGUCGAUCCAUGAAGAAUGGGAUGCUCGACAAAAGGAUCGACAACGAAAUGAAGAUCAUGCAGAGCUUACGGCAUCCUAACAUUGUUGAGUUCGUUGAGUACUACGACCAGGGCGACUAUCUCUACAUCAUUAUGGAAUACGUACAGCAGGGCGAUCUACAAGGUUUCCUCAACGAAGGAGGGUCGAUGAAGGAGGAACUCGCGAAGACCAUGGCGCAACAAAUCUUGAGCGCACUCAAUUAUCUCCACCGUUCGAAAAUUACUCACCGCGACAUUAAGCCCGACAACAUCCUCAUCGCUGACCUAAACCCUUUCACCGUCAAACUAUCCGACUUCGGUCUAUCCAAGGUUGUCAAGCAUGACGAGACCUUCCUUAAGACCUUUUGUGGUACUCUGCUUUAUUGUGCUCCUGAAGUAUUUCCCGACUUUGGCAGCGGACCGUCAACGGGUACAAAACGUCGACGUGGCGCGAAAAUAUACCACUCCUACAGCUCGUCAGUGGACAUUUGGUCUUUCGGUGGUGUUCUCUGGUAUGCACUCUGUGGGGUACCUCCUUUCAAGGGUGUCGCCGACACUACGGGUGAAGCGAUGUACAACAACAUCAUGGCUACCCACCUCGACCCAACGCCUUUGAAGAAGGCAGGUGUUUCGGCUGCUUGUAUUGACCUUUUGAUGCGCAUGCUUCGAACUGACCCUGCCCUGCGCCCUACGGACCGAGACUGUCUCAAUCAUCCCUGGCUCAAAGACGGCGCAGCCAUCCCUGCCGAUCCCACUCUUCAGUCUAUUGUUGAGGAAGACGAGUCGGAAGAGGCCGAACAGCAGUUGUCCCAAUUGAGUAUUAGAGAAGCAAUUCCGGAGUCGGACGAAGAAGAUGACAUCCUAUCGGAUGACGAACUCAUGGGCAUUGUUGCGAACAGAGAGCCAAAGCGAGUGCGCGCAGACCCUCUAUAUCCACGAAACCAACUGCGCGACCACGAUAACUCAAGUGCAGAUCCGUCCUUCCAGUCAUCGCAUCUCAUCGGUGAAGGAGAGAGCUUCAAAAUAAAGCCUAUGCCUCGGCAGCCACGCUUAUUCGGCGAGAUCGGUCAGUCUGCCCUUCAGAGUUCAGGGAUUCUCAAUGCUCAUGCGAAUGUUGCUCUGUCUCAUGAAGAAUCACUUCAAGCCGCUCAACUACAUGUCCCUUCGCAGUUUAGUCAGACUGUGGGUGGAGCGGAACAAGAAAUGCCAUUCACGACACCUGCCCGGCGAGACCACGAGUUCUCGUUCUCGUCACCUAGUCUUCUCGGGGCCGAGUCCCUUGUGCGGGAUAUGAACAUGGCCUCGCCUCAGUCGCCAAUAUCAAGAACCCAGAGCCCUCUUAUGCCGGCGACCCCAAAGACCCCGGACGCUUUCCCACACAGCUCACUAGGCCAGUCCUCAAAUGAUCCUAGCCAGAUUAGCGAGCCGACUCCGAAAGCGCGGCCUUCGGGGGUGAAUCGCCAGAUCAGCUUGCCUCUGACGGCAUCUUACUACUACAAUCCGUUAGAUCCGAGCACCCACAACCUUGAGUAUGCCUCGAAAGUAAGCGGAUUUGACUUCAUAUCAGCACAGAGAGAAGUGGAGAUUGGGGCAUCUGCAUAUGAAGACACCAGGGCAUCCGAUACCAGCGGCUACUCUUCGAUUUCAAACCCUGUAGCAGCACCAUCUCCUUCUGCCGAUGUGCCCUCGGUCCCUGCUGAGCUAGAUAUGAAGGCUCCACCAAGGCGACUGGGCAAACUCAUCGCAACACCAGACUCCUUCGUCCCAUCUCUCACCCUCAACAUAAAUAAGAGCAAGACUUCAUGGGGUCGUCUUGCCAAUAACACCAUCGUUUACGAAAAUAGCCGCGAUACACGCAUUCCGAAGACGGCCUUCAUCAUCUUCUGGUACUCGUCAGGCGGUCAGAGUCAAGUUAACGUUGACGAGCUGUCUCAGCAAGGCAAGGAUUGGACCAGUCUGGACAACCUAAACGUUGGUAUCUGGACAUGCGCAACCCACGGUAUUUCGAUCAACGGAAAGCACUUGAAGCAAAAGGACGAAAAAGGGCGUGCCCUGUUUGGACACCUCCAUACUGGCGACAUUGUUCAGGUCUAUCACGACUCCCGCGGGACUGAGUGUCUGAAGUUCAGGUGCGAGUUCUAUCUAGGAUCAGGUAGAGAGCCUCGACCAGCAGAUGAUAGCUUCAGUACUCUACUUGGUAACAAGCUUUCCCACGAAUAGAUCGUUGUGAUC